AUGUUUUCCAUCAGAAACUUGGCCAGAGCCCAGCGGCCAGCGCGGUUCUUCUCACUGGUUUCUGCCCUCAGAGCAGGUGUCGCUACCGACCCUGUCAAGCCAUUCACCAACGCCAUGGGUAAACCAGCCCAGAGGUAUUCUUCUGAAGGUGAGAUUUUGGGUAAGACUACCUUCACCGAGGCCAUGGAUGAGGUCGACAUGGUGUGGGGCCGUGACGAUGAUCCAAAGAAGGUGGCCAGACAGAACACCAAAAUCAGACAUUUCACCAUCAAUUUUGGACCUCAGCAUCCAGCAGCACACGGAGUGUUGAGAUUGAUUUUGGAGUUGCACGGAGAAGAGAUCGUGCGUUCGGACCCUCACGUCGGUUUGCUUCACAGAGGUACCGAGAAGUUGAUUGAGUCCAAAACAUACAUGCAAGCUUUGCCAUACUUUGACCGUUUGGAUUACGUGUCUAUGAUGACCAACGAGUUGGUUUUCGCAUUGGCUGUGGAGAAGUUGUUGAACGUGGAGGUUCCAUUGCGUGCCAAGUACGUGAGAACGUUGUUUGGUGAGAUCACCCGUGUGUUGAACCACUGUAUGUCCGUGUUGUCGCACAUUAUGGAUGUUGGUGGAUUGACUCCAUUCUUGUGGGGUUUCGAGGAGAGAGAAAAGUUGAUGGAGUUCUACGAGAGAGUCUCUGGUGCCAGAUUGCACGCUGCCUACGUCAGACCUGGAGGUGUCUCGCAGGAUUUGCCUGUGGGUCUCUUGGACGAUAUUUAUAUGUGGGCUACCCAAUUCGGUGACAGAAUCGAUGAGACCGAGGAGUUGGUUACCGACAACCGUAUUUGGAAGGCCAGAACCCAGGAUGUUGGUGUUGUGACUGCUGACGACGCAUUGAACUACGGUUUGUCCGGUGUCAUGCUCAGAGGUUCCGGUAUUCCUUUCGAUAUCAGAAAGUCUCAGCCAUACGAUGCUUAUGAAUUGGUGGAUUUCGAGGUGGCUGUCGGUGUCAAUGGUGACUGUUACGACAGAUACUUGUGCAGAAUGGUGGAGUUCAGACAGUCAUUGAGAAUCAUCCAGCAGUGCAUUAACGACAUGCCUGAGGGCCCUAUCAAGGUGGAGGACUUCAAGAUUGCCCCUCCAUCCAGAGAGAGAAUGAAGGAGGAUAUGGAAGCUUUGAUUCACCACUUCUUGUUGUUCACCAAGGGUUACGCUGUUCCUCAAGGUGAGACGUAUACGGCCAUUGAGGCCCCUAAGGGAGAGAUGGCUGUCUACGUUGUUUCGGACGGCUCUGAGAGACCAUACAGAUGUAAAAUUAGAGCUCCUGGUUUCGCUCACUUGGGAGCAUUCGACCACAUUGCCAGAGGUAACUUGUUGGCCGAUGCUGUGGCCAUCAUUGGUACCAUGGACUUGGUGUUCGGCGAAGUCGACCGUUAA